AUGUCAAAUAUAUCAAGUCUAGCCGAGCGUGAGCGAGAACGAGAACGUGAGCGCGAGAGAGAGAGCGUGCGAGGAGAGGCGAGACCCUUGGUGAGGUCCUCAUCCUCCUCUUCGCCGUCGCCCUCAGCGCGGGAGAGAGAGAGAGCGCGUGAGAGGGUGCGGCCGAGAGUGCGAGAGAGAGAGAGCGGUGGCUGUCUGCUGAAUGUGAUGAUGGGGGGUGCGCUCUACUGCAACUUGUGCGGCGAGUAUGUGGACUCUAUGCAGCACUUCGAGCGCCUGCAUAAGGGAUGUGGAGCACCCUACACGCCUAGAACAGAUGUUGCAGUGAGCCUGGCUUGUGGUAGAGCCAUGGUGGUGAGUGCAGCGGUCACCCUCUACGCUCUUUGUCACAAAUGUCUAGAGCACAAGUCCGAUGGAAGUGACGUCGAGCCUGACAGUGAGAUGUCCGAUCGAGACCGACCAGAUCCACUUUCAGUGUGGCUGGAUGCACCAACUUGCAGUAACGUGACAGACCAAUUGGAGGCUUUGGACAAUUAUUACAAGAUCUACUCAUCAAUGCAGUCACCGCUGCCCGACCCAAUCGCAUUCGCCGAGCCCGAUCCACUCGGAGCUGGCAGUGUGCCGCAAGUUACCACUGACAAUCACACCAACGGUGCUUCAAUGAGUUUCAGACAACUGAAUGCAAAUCCCCUGAUUCAGUUGAUCAAGAUGGAAACUCGUAUACAGGAACGAAUAGCCUUGCUACAGCGUAUCUCCCACAAGGUACAAGUGACUGUCGCCCGAUCUGCUGUCAUGAAUGUUGUUUCACUGCUUUCCUUCAGUGGGUCAAUGUGCAGUAUAUCAAGCGCGCUGGCAGGGGUGGGGCUGAGUGAUGCGCAGAAGCUAGUGCGCCUCAUGUGUCUAAUUGCCAAUGGCCACACCGUCAUGACGUCAUCGCCCUCCUCCAUGAUGACGUCAUCACUGGACCCGCUCUCCAGCUGCCUUUCCCCCUCCACCACUAACAGCCUCAGCUGUUUGGCCAGCUGUUUGACAGCUGUCGCCAGCUGUGACGACAACGCCUCUCAGCUGGUCGUACUCAUGUGUGCAAAUGAGCUAAUGAAAGUGGCUAUCGCUUCAAACACACCGCCGUCGACCUUCGCAGUCACCCAGUCGCUAGUGUCGCUGCUCACUAGAAACGGCGGAACUUCGCUGACGUCAUCAGCAGGUGAGGAGGAGAAGGAGGAGGCGGUUGGGGCUUCCCCCGCUCUACCGCCAUCACCGCAGAGUCCACUGGAGGCGAAAAUCAGUCCACUGCUGUUGGCGAAUGCUCUGGCUGCGUGUGUCCUGUCCAAUCGACUCGAAAGCAAGCAUCGACAAUGGGCCACCCAACAACUGCUGAAAUGUCUGUCUUCGAAGUCGCCGCUUCCCGCUCUACAUGCGAUGGAUUCUUUGAAUAUGGCUGACCUGACUUCGGUAAUGGACAGUUCGACAUUAGCUCUGUUCCAAGGUCACGAGGAUAGAGUGGCUUGUUUGGCGUGGCAGUCCGAGCAAGGUGUACUGGCCUCCAGUGGCUGCGACAGUACGGUUAGAAUCUGGUCGCUGAGCAAAUGGAGUCUAGAGCAGACCCUUGUGUUUCGUCUUUCGGAAAAUGUCUAUGGCAGUCAACUGAACGGUCAGCUCAUCGAUCAUCUGGGAUGGUCGCCCUCUAAGAAGUUCAUUGCUGCUUCUAUGAAUAACACCAUUAACAUCUGGUAUUUGCCUGAGAUCAGCCUGGUUGGUGUGGGCAGUGAAUACCUGCUGGAGUCGCAGGCAGGGGCUCAGAUCACGUGCCUGUGUUGGCCAGUGACGCGUCACAGUGUCGAGGCGGAAGCCGAACAUCUGCUUGUCGGACAGAUCGACGGAACGGUCACUUUGGUCAUCGUGCAAGCGGGUCUCAUUGUCAAGGAGCAGUUGCUUCAUUGCUCGCAGAAAUUCACAUCCGUGAAUCACAUAGUUUGGCUUGAUGAAGACAAGAAUUUCGCGGUCGGAUUCAAUGAUGGGACCGUUAAGAUCGGUCACAAAAGUCCUAACUACGAUACUCAAACCAUCAUGGCUCACCAGACGGCAGUGUCGGCGCUAGAGUGGGACCCCCGCAGUGAGUACUUGGCGACAUGUGGCAGUGAUGACAAAGUGUGUCGAGUUUGGCAGCAGGAAGAUUCGGUCAAGGUUUGUCGCACCAGAUUCCAGCUCACGCACAGUCAUGUGCCCAUCUCACUAGCCUGGUCUCCUGUCAUAGGUACUAUAGUGUUUCAAAAUCCACUUUCAGUGUGGCUGGAUGCACCAACUUGCAGUAACGUGACAGACCAAUUGGAGGCUUUGGACAAUUAUUACAAGAUCUACUCAUCAAUGCAGUCACCGCUGCCCGACCCAAUCGCAUUCGCCGAGCCCGAUCCACUCGGAGCUGGCAGUGUGCCGCAAGUUACCACUGACAAUCACACCAACGGUGCUUCAAUGAGUUUCAGACAACUGAAUGCAAAUCCCCUGAUUCAGUUGAUCAAGAUGGAAACUCGUAUACAGGAACGAAUAGCCUUGCUACAGCGUAUCUCCCACAAGGUACAAGUGACUGUCGCCCGAUCUGCUGUCAUGAAUGUUGUUUCACUGCUUUCCUUCAGUGGGUCAAUGUGCAGUAUAUCAAGCGCGCUGGCAGGGGUGGGGCUGAGUGAUGCGCAGAAGCUAGUGCGCCUCAUGUGUCUAAUUGCCAAUGGCCACACCGUCAUGACGUCAUCGCCCUCCUCCAUGAUGACGUCAUCACUGGACCCGCUCUCCAGCUGCCUUUCCCCCUCCACCACUAACAGCCUCAGCUGUUUGGCCAGCUGUUUGACAGCUGUCGCCAGCUGUGACGACAACGCCUCUCAGCUGGUCGUACUCAUGUGUGCAAAUGAGCUAAUGAAAGUGGCUAUCGCUUCAAACACACCGCCGUCGACCUUCGCAGUCACCCAGUCGCUAGUGUCGCUGCUCACUAGAAACGGCGGAACUUCGCUGACGUCAUCAGCAGGUGAGGAGGAGAAGGAGGAGGCGGUUGGGGCUUCCCCCGCUCUACCGCCAUCACCGCAGAGUCCACUGGAGGCGAAAAUCAGUCCACUGCUGUUGGCGAAUGCUCUGGCUGCGUGUGUCCUGUCCAAUCGACUCGAAAGCAAGCAUCGACAAUGGGCCACCCAACAACUGCUGAAAUGUCUGUCUUCGAAGUCGCCGCUUCCCGCUCUACAUGCGAUGGAUUCUUUGAAUAUGGCUGACCUGACUUCGGUAAUGGACAGUUCGACAUUAGCUCUGUUCCAAGGUCACGAGGAUAGAGUGGCUUGUUUGGCGUGGCAGUCCGAGCAAGGUGUACUGGCCUCCAGUGGCUGCGACAGUACGGUUAGAAUCUGGUCGCUGAGCAAAUGGAGUCUAGAGCAGACCCUUGUGUUUCGUCUUUCGGAAAAUGUCUAUGGCAGUCAACUGAACGGUCAGCUCAUCGAUCAUCUGGGAUGGUCGCCCUCUAAGAAGUUCAUUGCUGCUUCUAUGAAUAACACCAUUAACAUCUGGUAUUUGCCUGAGAUCAGCCUGGUUGGUGUGGGCAGUGAAUACCUGCUGGAGUCGCAGGCAGGGGCUCAGAUCACGUGCCUGUGUUGGCCAGUGACGCGUCACAGUGUCGAGGCGGAAGCCGAACAUCUGCUUGUCGGACAGAUCGACGGAACGGUCACUUUGGUCAUCGUGCAAGCGGGUCUCAUUGUCAAGGAGCAGUUGCUUCAUUGCUCGCAGAAAUUCACAUCCGUGAAUCACAUAGUUUGGCUUGAUGAAGACAAGAAUUUCGCGGUCGGAUUCAAUGAUGGGACCGUUAAGAUCGGUCACAAAAGUCCUAACUACGAUACUCAAACCAUCAUGGCUCACCAGACGGCAGUGUCGGCGCUAGAGUGGGACCCCCGCAGUGAGUACUUGGCGACAUGUGGCAGUGAUGACAAAGUGUGUCGAGUUUGGCAGCAGGAAGAUUCGGUCAAGGUUUGUCGCACCAGAUUCCAGCUCACGCACAGUCAUGUGCCCAUCUCACUAGCCUGGUCUCCUGUCAUAGGUGAAACUCUACUAUUAUGUGUGGGUACUGAGAAUGGAGUGAUUCACAUUUGGCUGCUCCCAUUGGACGACCACAACCAACCAAUAGCAUCGUCGCAGGAGUGUCACAAUAACGGCCCACCUGUGGCUUUGCACGUUAUCCAAGGACACCUGUAUUCGCCAGUUACGUGUUUGGCGGUGAACAGUGAGGGCACCCUGCUAGCAUCAGGCUCCUCCAAGGGCAUAGUGAAUGUGUGGUCACUGCUUGACGCAUGCGCACUGGCCACUCACACGUGGCCGGGUGGGGUCAACGACCUCCAGUGGCUCGACAAGGCUACCCUUGCUGUCUGCUUCUCAAGAUCCAAGGACGUGACCGUUGUGCGCGUGGACUCGGCAGUGAGUGUGAGUGAGCGUGCGCUGGCCGUGGCGCGUCACACACUUCUGUGUGCGUCGGUGGUUGGCCUGCAGUCGGCGCCCUGCCUCAAGCGCCUGUUGCGCGCCCUGCCGGAUGUGAUGCGUGCACAACACGAGCGCGAGGCGCGUGCGGUUGAUCGCGGCGAACAGCUGACGCACAGCGCGCAUCUCAAGUGCCUCGUGGCGCUUGCGCUGGCUCUGCGCGUCGAUACCGUCCUCUGCUAUGCGCUGUUGCCGCCCAAUACGGCCGAGGCGCGUCAAGUUGAUUUAUCAGAUGCGUUGGACAACUCGGCAUGGAGUUUGAAUGCUGAUAAGCAGAUCAUCAGCUGGAUCACGCAGUUCCCCAAUGACUGGCAGAUCAAUGGCAAAUUCGAGGCUUACCUGUGGGGUAACGGAAAUCAUGGCCAACUGGCUGAAGCAGGCAACGGUUGUUCGCAGCCGACACUGGUGGAGUCGUUUGCGACGGCGCAGCAGAUCGUGUGCGGCCAGAACUGCACGUUCGUCGUGCAAGCGAACGGAACCGUCCUGUCGUGCGGCGAAGGCAACUACGGGCGUCUCGGCCAGGGUCACAGUGACGACCUCAACUCCCUAAGCAUCAUCUCAACCCUACAAGGGUUUGUGAUCGUGGAAGUGGCGACGUCUUGUGGCUCGGAUGGUCACAGCUUGGCACUGGCCGAGAGCGGAGAGGUGUUCUCGUGGGGAGACGGCGACUACGGCAAGCUGGGACAUGGCAACACUGACCGACAACGCAGGCCCAGACAGAUAGAGGCUCUGCAUGGCGAGGACGUCAUCCAGGUGGCGUGCGGAUUCAAGCACAGCGCAGUGGUGACCAGCGACGGGAAGCUGUUGACGUUUGGCAACGGGGACUACGGCCGGCUGGGCCACGGGCCGUGCCUCAACAAGAGCCUGCCCGAGAGAGUGGUGGGGGUGACGGGUGUGGGCCAGGUGGCCUGUGGCCUCAACCACACCGUGUGUGUGUCGAGUGACGGCGCCACCGUGUGGUCGUUCGGCGACACCGACUAUGGCAAACUGGGUCUCGGCCACUGCACCACCAAGACCACUCCCCACAAGGUGGAGGCGCUGUCUGGCGAGAAGAUCAAGAAAGUGUGUUGCGGCACACAGUUCACGGUGUUCGUGGGUGCAGACGGCCGUGUGUGGACGUGUGGCAUGGAGCGACUAAUCGGCCAGCCACACUGUCGCACGCGCGGCGCCAAUCGACCGCAACUGGUGCCCGCACUCGCAGGUGAGCAGAUCAUCGACGUGAGUGUGGGGGCCGAGCAUGCGCUGGCACUCAGUGCUAGUGGCAAGGUGUGGGCCUGGGGCAACAAUGCAGACUCGCAACUGGGACUCGGCCACACGGCUGUUGUCAGGGAGCCACAACUGGUCACACAGCUCUCCAAUCGCAACAUUAAACAGAUCUCGACAGGGCGUACUCACAGUGCCGCCUGGUCGGCGCCGUGCCGAAUGCGUGGGGGCAAAGGGGUCGCCGUGGUGGCAGGCGGGCGACUGGGAGUGCCGACGGUCCCUGCCCAGUUCGGCCAUUUGCAACGCCUUUCCAUUGAUGCCAUUCAACGCCGGCUUUCGGUGCUGUUUCACUUCUCUGACAUCCUUUAUUCAUGCUGGCGUCUCUUGCCGCUGGCUACUCCACAGGGGAACGAUUGGUGCAGUGUGCUACCCUACAGGUGGCUGGGUGCACCUGAGGUGCGCCGCCUGAUUGCCCCGCGCGUCUACACUCUGCCACUGGUGCGCUGCAUGUCGCGCACCAUGGUGCAGGGUCGCAACUACGGGCCACAGGUCACCAUUCGCCGGCUGACGCGGUCGCGCACCGGUCCAGCGCCCUCCACUAAGCCGAUAUUCGUGCAGGUCGCCAAGCAGGUUGUCAAGAUGCGACCGGCCGAUCUCAGGCUGCCCAGUAGGGCAUGGAAGGUGAAGCUGGUGGGGGAAGGGGCGGACGACGCAGGGGGCGUGUUCGACGACACCAUCACCGAGAUGUGUGAGGAGCUGCUGAAUGGGGGCGUGCCCCUCCUCAUAGCCACGCCCAACGCCCUCAACAAGGACGGAUACAACCAGGACAAGUAUCUGCUCAACCCCGCCCUCACUCACCCGACCCACCUUCUCUGGUUCAAGUUUCUAGGAAUCCUGCUUGGAGUGGCGAUGCGAACUAAGAAGCCCCUAGCUCUACCGCUUUCUCCGCUCGUCUGGAAAUUGCUCAUUCAAGAGCCUGUCAACAUAGUCGACCUGGAAGAGAAUGACUGCAUAUAUGCCAGGAGUCUGAUCGGCGUUCGCGAUAUCCACCUAUCCGGAGUUACUGAGGCCAAUUUCCAUGAGAUGAUACCGUUGGAGUGCUUCGAAGGCUCCAGUUGGACGGGAGCUCUUGUCCCGAUAGUGGCCGGAGGGCGGAGCAUCCCUCUCACUUUUCACAACCGAACUCAGUACGUCUCUCAGGCCGUCAACUUCAGGCUGCACGAAAUGGACCUGCAGGUGGCAGCAGUUAGGGAAGGCAUGGCCUGGCUGGUUGCCGUGCCACUACUGUCGCUGGUGACAGCCGCGCACUUGGAACAGCUGGUGUGCGGGCAUGCGCGUGUGUCGGUCGCCCACCUGCGACGCAUCGCCUACUAUCGUGAUCAGCUGACCGACAGCUGUCAACUGGUGCGCUGGCUGUGGAUGGUGCUCGACUCGUUCACCGACCACGAGCGAGUUCUGUUCAUGCGAUUUGUGUCGGGACGAUCGAGGCUUCCUGCAAAUCUUGCCGAUUUCUCUCAACGUUUUCAGAUAAUGAAAGUGGACAGGGCUCUCAAUGGACUGCCGACGGCUCAAACAUGUUUCUUCCAGCUGCGUCUGCCACCCUACAGCAGUGUCGAGGUGAUGGCUGAACGGUUGCGUUACGUCAUUAACAACUGUCGAUCAAUCGAUCUCGAUCACUACAUGCUCACUCGAAAUGCUGAACUAAUGUCUGAUGAUGAGUGAUUUACUAAAAAGUAGCUAUUCUGUUUUUGAAAUUAUUUAAGAAUUUGUUAUGUAUAAAAAUCUGAAUAUUUGUUUUAUAAAUUAAAGCUAAUUUGAAGUUU